GCUGGAAAUCAUGACGUAUCGCGAUUAGUCACCCGUUAUGGACGGCAACGAGCGGAAGCUAUAACUAUGAUAACUUUAUUGCUUCCGGGAGUGGGUGUAACUUAUAACGGCGAAGAAAUCGGCAUGGAGGACACGUGGAUCUCAUGGAAAGACACCAAAGAUCCGCGAGGUUGCAAUGCCGGCAGAGAUGGUUACGAGAAAGCGUCUCGGGAUCCUGCAAGGACACCGUUUCAAUGGGACGACACCACUUCGGCUGGAUUCUCCACAAAUCCAAAAACGUGGCUAUCAGUUAAUAAAAACUACGUGACACUUAAUUUAGCCGCGCAAAAGAAACAGAACAACUCCUACUACGCUCUAUAUAAAGCAGUUUCUGCUCUACGAAAAUGGCCUGCGGUUAAACGUCCAACCACGAAAUUAACGACGAAAUUAUUGGGCGAUGAUGUUCUCGCUUUUACCAG